CAGAUUACUAAUUAGUUACUUACUACGUAACCUCACAUUUUUACUUGCUUGCUUUCUCUUGAGGUUAUUUUAUUUUUUGUAAGCAGACAUUUGCGCGUUUACAUAGGUCUGUAAAGCAUAAGAAAAUGAAUGAUGAUACUAUUAAAAUUGGUGACUAUCUUAUCAUCCAGAAGCAGAAUUACAGAAAAUUGCAUAAAUUUACAAAACCCAAUUCUAGUAUAAAUUUGGGUAGAGACAGUGUAAAUUUAUCUGGUAUAGAAGGAUGUCCCUAUUUCUCAGUGUUUAAAAUGAUUUCGUUGGGUGGAAAAAGAAAUAAGGAAUACAUUUUAGAACGGACAGAUGCAGCAGUGAACUUGAAAGAUGAAAUAGAUGUGAAAGUAUCUGGUAAUGAUAACAGGAACAUAUUGGAUGAUGGUCGAUCUCAGAAACUUUCUGCUGCUGAAAUUGAAGAGCUAAAGUGCGACGCAGUGAAGGCUUCGGAUAUUGUAGAAACGUUAAUUACCAACUCUAAUACAUUUCAUAAUAAAACUGAAUUCUCACAAGAGAAGUACUUGAAAAAGAAAGAAAAAAAGUACUUUGAAUAUCUCCAAGUUGUGAGGCCAAACCUGAGAUUAAUAACAGAAGUUAUGUAUAGGCUAGACCCAGGCAAAAUUCAGGGUAUUAGGAUAGAUACAUUAUCACAAAUUAUGACAUUAUCAAAUAUUCAAUCUGAAGGUGUACAUUUGCUUUAUGACUCAGGGUCAAAUGGUUUAGUGGCUGCUGCUUUAUUAAGUGCUAUUGGAGCAAACACCAAUGGUAAACUUGUACAUAUGCACCCUGGAAACAUGUCCCAGAAACAAGGUUUAUUAGCUAUGAAUUUUAGUGAAGAACAUUUAUGUAGAUGCAUUUCUGUUAAUGUUUAUUCAGUAUUGAGACAAUUCCAUCAGGGUUGUGAUGUGAAUGUCAGUAUUGAUUUGGCAGAUUCCAAUUAUGAAAAAAAUAAGUUGAAAAGGAAAGCUCCCAAUGACAAUAAAGAUAUAAACGAACCAAAAAAUAAAAUGCAAAAAGUUGAAAAUGGUGAUGAAAAGUCCACAGAGAAUAUAAAUAUUUCUAAUUCAUCUGAUUUACAAAUAGAGCCAAAAAAGCCAAAAUGGCACUUUGAUAACAUUACCGCAUCAGAUUUAUUAAAGGAAAAAGUUGAUUCUCUAAUAAUAACUUGUAAAGAAGACCCUCUGAGUAUAUUUAAAGAGUUGGUUGAAUUUGUAAAGCCUGGUAGACCUUUUGUUGUUUAUUACCCUGUUGUUGAACCCCUCCUACAACUGUAUUUAACAUUAAGAUCUUACAGCAAUGUAGCAGCUUUAAAAAUUACUUGUAAUUGGAUGCGAAAUUACCAGGUACUACCUGAGAGAACACAUCCAGAAGUGACAAUGAACUGUUCAAGUGGAUUUUUGUUGACAGGAUAUGUGUUAAAAUAAGGUUACAUGGAUAGUAAUAAGAAUAAAUAGAUUUUUUAUAAAUUUA